UUGCUGGAUUGGAUAAAUAAGCCUUUGUUGCAAUGCGUUAUACGAUCUUGUUCAUACCUCUGACCGUGGAUGGGAUGUGUGCUGUUGUUCUAAACCUCUGGCGGGACCAGAAGAUAGAAGGAUUCAUUGUACAGAAUAGGAUAUAUUAGGAAAAUAGAAAGAGAAAUUUUGGCUAGGGUUCUUUUUUUUCUCCGACUAUUUUCUACUCCUACUGAAAGUAUUUGAAGAUUUUUUGGAAGCGAACCAUUCUGUUUUUACAUUUAAUUUUCUAUUCAAAACUCUAACAACUGUGCCGAACAGUUCAUGCUUUUAUUAGGAUUUCUCGAUGAGUAAAGCGGAUAAGAACUAUGAUUCUGACAAGUCUGAAAGCGAAGAUGAACAGCAAAACGGAAGAGUGAGUAACAAAGGACGCAAAAGCGAUGAUAACGAAGGAUAUACUUGGGAAGGUGAAUAUCAGCGUUCAUGGGAUAUUGUUCAAGAGGAUGCUGAAGGGAGUUUAAUUGGGGUAAUUGCAGGAUUGAUCAAUGCAGGAAAAAGAAAAAGAUUGCUUCGUGACACGACGCCUUUGCGAAGAGGAAUCAUUCGUCACAUGGUUUUAGUUUUAGAUCUGAGCUCUGCAAUGGAAGAGCGAGAUUUUCAUCAUAAGCGAUUUGAACUACAAAUUAAAUAUGCAGUUGAAUUUGUCAUGGAGUAUUUCGAACAGAAUCCCAUUUCUCAAUUGUCAAUUAUUGGCGUAAAAGACGGUAUCGCUCAGCGCAUUUCCGAUUUACAUGGAAAUCCGCAAUCUCAUAUCCAAAAGUUAAAGUCACUUCGUGAGUGUAAUGGAAGUUUUUCCCUUCAAAACGCUUUGGAAAUGGCAAGAGCUUCUUUAUCCCACAUUGCUUCUCACGGAACAAGAGAGGUAUUAAUUAUAUUUGGUUCUAUCUUUUCUUCUGAUCCUGGAGACAUUUUUCGAACAGUUGAUGCUCUUGUUUCUGAUCAAAUUCGAGUCCAGAUCGUUGGUCUCGCUGCUGAGGUUGCUAUCUGCCGUGAAAUUUGUGACCGAACUAACAGUUCUUCUACAAACGCGUACGGCGUUGUCUUAAGUGAACAACACUUCCGUGAACUACUUAUGGAAAGCACAAUUCCUCCAGCAACGAAUUCUUCAAAAACCGCUGACUCCUCCCUAGUAAUGAUGGGGUUUCCCUCGAAGGUAAUUGAGCAACUUCCAAGUUUAUGUACGUGUCAUUCUUUACCCUCUCGUGGUGGCUUUCAUUGUCCCCGUUGUAGAGCAAAAGUUUGCACUUUGCCCAUAGAAUGUCCUAGUUGUAAACUAGUUUUGAUUUUAUCCACCCACCUUGCCAGAUCCUAUCACCAUUUAUUUCCUUUAAAAAAUUGGAUAGACUUACCUUGGUCCGCAAAACCCACUUCGUCUCAUUGUUUUGCUUGUCAAGUUCCUUUCCCCAAAGCUUCAGAAGCGUCUGAUCAGGAUCAGGCAGCAUCUUCCAUGCGCUUUGAGUGCCCUUCCUGUAAACUUCACUUUUGUAUCGAUUGUGAUAUUUUUGCCCAUGAACAAUUACAUGAAUGUUUCGGCUGUCAAUGCUCUGAUAAUUGAAUAAUGAUCUCAUGAACAUACUUAUCUUUCACUUUAUUUUUAUUCCAUUUACACAUAUUGCAGGAACGGUUUGCUUUAUUUUCUGAUCUUGGUUAAAUAAAAUAAACCUAUAACAAUAAAAUUUAUACUACAAUAGAAAGUCAUAAUCUGGUCGACUUAUAUGGUAGAAUGUACGAAGAAUUUAGAAACUAUAUGUACGGAUAUUACAUUUCAAGAGAUGAGGAGGCUUAAUCAAAACCAGUGUUCGAAACGAACUGUGGGUUCUGGGUUUUCCAUUUCUCGGCAAGGAAUGCGACCUUUUGGCCAUAUUUGCUUCCGCGAAGAGAUACCAUAUGCUUUUUUAUAUGCGUAAUCACAGUUGUGCGGUCACUGGGUUGAGCAAGCUGAAUUAUCUGUUGGAUUAAAUAGUUACCAUAUUGGUCUGAUGCAAUGUCAAUUAAUGGCUGUCUUGUUCGAUCCAUUCUGGCGUUCGUGAUUUGUUUUAGAUAUAAAGAAAUAAAAUCCCUUGGGCCAAACUUAAUUGCUUUUUCCAUGACCUUGGAGGCAUAUUGAUCCACACUAUACUCUGUAGCCCGUAGAAGCAGAGCACCGACCACGCGUCGUAAAGCUUCGCCUUGUGAAUUCUCAACCAUGUGUUGAAUUACCCAAUUACCCCAUUGACCACGUACAAUUAGGUCAAGGUGCAGAAUGACUUCCUCAAUGCAAUCUUGCUUAUCCUUCUCAACGCAAUUUUCAAACAUGUUUUGAACAACCAAACUUCCAUUUUCUCCUAGAGCUACCUCAUGCCAUUUUCCUUUUAAGGCUAUAUUUACUCGGUCCAUAACAUUCACUGGAUAUUUGAACCAACGUGUUUCAAAGAGUUUUUGCCAAACAUGACAAGCAUAAUGAUGCAUUAUAGUUUCAUUAAUCGUUAAGAACAAUUCCUCCAUCAUGGAAUACUUGAUAUCUUCGUCGAUAUUAUCAAAUGCUUUCUGUACGACAUGACAUCCGAAAGGAUCAGUUGCCAAUUUGUACAUAUUCCCCAUGAUAGUAGAACCAAUAACUCGAAUCUGAUGAGGGGUGCCAUGUUCAAAGCAACGUUGAAUUAAGAAAUUACCAAAUCUAUUCAACAUCAACGGACAGGCCUGAACUAAUAUACAAUCUAUGAUAGCUUGUUUAAUCUCAGGAGAUGCCAUCUUUAGUUUUUGUUGAAGGAAAAUAGAGGAUUGCUGAUCAUUGUUUAAUAUAAUUUUGUUAACAAUAAUAUUCCAAUCGUAAACAGCAUUUCUUUCAGAUAACUUUCUGUAGCGGAUAGCAUUUUCACGAGGAUUUGUAGAGUCAUUAACAAUAGGCAAUGCUGCAUUGUUAGAAGGAUCCCAAAUUGACGGUACAUUUGAACCG